GCAGCGAGAGGACUCCAGCGAGACGAACAGCAACAAGGCCAAUCGGGAGAAGAUUCGCCGCGACCGACUCAACGACAGGUUUGAGGAGUUGGCGCGGGCGCUGGAGCGGAGCGAGCUGGCGCGCGCGGACAGGGUGAGCAUUCUGGUGGAUGCCGUGCGCGUGCUGGCGCAGCUGCGGGCGGAGACGAGCCGGCUGAGGGGCUCCGCGGAGCACAUGAGCGAGCAGAUCCGCGAGCUCAAGGCGGAGAAGAGUGAGCUGAGGGAGGAGAGGGCGCGCCUGCUGGCCAACAAGCAACAUCUGGAAGACGAGGUCCGGCGCAUGGCUGCAUCUGGUGCCGCCCAAUCCACCGCUGCCACGUCAGCAGCAGCAUCAGUGGUUUCCGCCGCCCGGCCAACAGCUGCUACUCCUCCUCUUGGAUUUGCUCCGUGUGCUCCGGGUUCUCCUGGUGCUAUUCCCUUGAUGCUGCAUCCAGUGUGUGAGCCGGGCAAGCUGGCUCCAAUGGGAGCACCCAUGGGCCUGAUGCCCUUACCGUUCAUGCCUGGGGGGAUGCUUCAUCCUCUCUCCCAUCCCCACUCUCACCUUCACCGUCCUCACCCUCGCACCGUGCAAGGCAAGUGUCCCCCUGCAGGCAACCACCUUGCACCGGCCGACGAGUUCCACGGCGCGGACGGGCGGGUCUACCACUCGCACGACGGGCUCGCGCCGCACUCUCACGAGCCGCUCGACAGCGCGGGGAGCUUCGCGCUGCGCGCGCCGCCCUUGCCAAACCGCGACUUGGCGGAGCGCGCGUUUACUGUUGGAAUCGGCGGGCCCGUCGGAUCAGGGUGCUCGUGUGGUGCUCUUCAGGUGCUCUUCAGGUGCUCGUGUGGUGCUCUUCAAGUGCUCUUCAGGUGCUCUUCAGGUGCUCGUGUGGUGCUCUUCAGGUGCUCGUGUGUGUGCUCUUCAGGUGCUCUUCAGAGAGUGGCCUAA